GACCUGCCGUUUCGUCACACUAGCUUGCCGGCACACGUCGGAAUCUCUCACGGGACGCGGGCAUUCGAAGGGGCGGGCUGACCAUGGUUGUCUGUACGGCUAUACUCGGGAUUCUGAGAGCCCGGGGUGGGUGGGGGGCGUGAGAAAGGUGGCAACAAGAUGGCUCACGGUGUCAUCUCACAGACCUUACAGUGUGGCGGUGCAGGUUGGCCAGUCCUCCAUAACAGAGAAAUCCGUUCUGCACAAGUACAUGAGUUUACCCCAGCCAGACGAGAAAGUCCAGGUGUCUUACGUGUGGAUAGACGGUACAGGGGAGGCACUCAGGUACAAGACCAAGACGGUUAAUUUCGAGCCCAGCCAUCCUGAAGAACUUCCACAAUGGAGUUUUGACGGGUCGAGCACAGGCCAGGCGCAAGGGCAGAACAGCGACAGAUAUCUCCAGCCGGUCGCCAUGUUCAGAGACCCUUUCAAACUGGGGAAAAACAAACUGGUGCUGUGUGAGGUGUACGACCAGGAUAUGCAGCCAGCAGAGAGUAACAGAAGAAAGUCGUGUAUGGACGCGAUGAUUCCCGUGAUGCACCACGAGCCAUGGUUCGGGAUGGAGCAGGAGUACACACUGCUGGAUGUGGAUGGACAACCCUUUGGCUGGCCGAAACGAGGCUUCCCUGGGCCGCAAGGUCCGUACUACUGCGGUGUGGGUGCAGACCGUGUGUUCGGGAGGGACAUAGAGGAGGCGCACUACCGGGCCUGUCUGUACGCAGGCAUCGACAUCUCAGGAACAAACGCCGAAGUCAUGCCUUCACAGUGGGAGUACCAGGUAGGUCCGAGUGUCGGGGUGGACCUGGGGGAUCACAUGUGGAUGGCGCGGUUCCUCCUGGACAGGGUAGCGGAGGACUUCGGUGCCGUGGUCAGUCUCCACCCCAAACCCGUGUCAGGCGACUGGAACGGCGCCGGGGCUCACAUCAACUUCAGCACCAAGGAGAUGAGGGGAGAGGGUGGACUCAAAUUCAUAACAGAGGCAUGUGAGAAGCUGGCCGCCCGCCACAAACACCACAUCGGGAAAUACGGCAAGAACAACGAGCUGCGUCUGACGGGGCUACACGAGACGUCCAGCAUGGACCGCUUCUCCUUCGGUGUAGCAGACAGGAGCGCCAGCGUGCGGAUACCGAGAGCGGUACAGGACGCCGGGAAGGGCUACCUUGAGGACCGCAGACCGGGGUCUAACUGUGACCCGUAUGCCGUCAUAGAGGCGCUGGUCCGGACCUGCCUGCUGGACGAAGUGGACUAGUGAGGGUGUCGUGCGGCGCGGUCACAGUUGUCGCACGACCGUCGUACGAUCCUGAUGUAAAGUGUUCAAGCAGGCUGCAAGAGAGCCAACUGCCAAUUCUAUAUAGGACGGAUUUUUCCUAAGACGAAUUUUGCACGACAAAUGCUCGAUUUUCCCCGAGAAUCCUCUCAAGUUUCCGAUCGUACGAUCAUAUGUACGACGGUCGUACGACGAUUGUACGACAAAUGUGACCGGGUUUUACUUGACGUCAUUUUACGUGAAAAAAUGUGAUGUCAUAGCGAGCGAGGAUGUAUUCACUCUUAUAACAUACGUCGAAUAACAACGAGAAAUGAAGUGCAUGGGUUACAUUACUUUUUGUGAUUGUAUAUUUGAUUUUUUGUAUGUAAUGAAUACGUUGAUAAGCUUAGAUAUGGCCAACUAUACAUGUGUGUGUCUCUGUGCCAAUUUCUAACUCUGCAAAGAGGACGGUAUUUAAAAGGAUCUGCAACUAUCUCACGUCUCAACACAUAACCAUCAACACCACUAGACCUAACACACGAGUGUUGA